UUAUCUUCACCGGAAGCUGGUUUGCUGCACGCGCUGAACCGGACAGAAGCAGACGGAAAGAUGGCGACCGGAGCAGGAACGAUGGGCAAGAAGGUGGAGGAGGUGCAGCCUGCAGCAGUGAAGGAGGAAGAGGAGGAGCAGCCUGUAGCAGCAGUGAAGGAGGAAGAGGAGGAGGAGCAGCCUGCAGCAGUGAAGGAGGAAGAGGAGGAGGAGGAGUAUGUGGUGGAGAAGGUGUUGGACCGCAGAGUGGUGAAGGGAAGAGUAGAGUUUCUGCUGAAAUGGAAGGGGUUCUCAGAUGAGGAGAACACAUGGGAGCCACAAGACCACCUGGACCUGGACCUCAUCACAGAGUACCUGCAGGACCACAAGGAGACGGAGGAGAAGAAGAAGAAGAAGGAGGGCAAGAGGAAAGGUGUCAGGGAGGCCUCGGGAGACUCAGAGGAGCGAGGGAGCAAGACGAAGAAGAAGGAGAAACAGAGAGGAGGAGAGGGACCCAAACAUCACAGCUGUCAACAAUGUGACAAAUCCUUCACAUCAUCAGGAUAUUUAAAGAUUCAUCAGAGAGUUCACACUAGAGAGAAACCUUACAGCUGUGAUCAAUGUGGGGCAGCUUUCACACGACAGGAUUCGCUAAAAAUACAUCAACGCAUUCACACUGGAGAGAAGCCGUACAGCUGUGAUCUAUGUAGGGCAGCUUUCACAAAACAGGGUUACCUAAAAACACACCAGCGCAUUCACACUGGAGAGAAACCUUACAGCUGUGAACAAUGUGGGGAAAUCUUUCCUAAGAGUAGUAACCUUAAAAGACACCAGCUCAUUCACACUGGAGAGAAGGCGUACAGCUGUGAACAAUGUGGAAAAACCUUUUCUCUGAGUAGUCACCUUAAAUCUCACCAGCGCAUUCACACUGGAGAGAAGCCGUACAGCUGUGAACAAUGUGGGGAAACCUUUUCUCGGAGUGAUAGCCUUAAAACUCACCAGCGCAUUCACACUGGAGAGAAGCCGUACUGGUGUGAACAAUGUGGAAAAACCUUUUCUCGGGGUAGUAACCUUAAAUCUCACCAGCGCAUUCACACUGGAGACAAACCGUACUGGUGUGAACAAUGUGGAAAAAUGUUUUCUCAGAGUAAUAACCUGAAAAAACACCAGCGCAUUCACACUGGAGACAAACCGUACUGGUGUGAACAAUGUGGAAAAAUGUAUUCUCAGAGUAAUAACCUGAAAUAUCACCAGCGCGUUCACUCUGCCUCGGUAGGAGUCAAACGUCACCGCUGUCAGGACUGUGACAAAUCCUUCACAACAUCAGGAAAUUUAAAGAGUCAUCAGAGAUUGCACACUGGAGUGAGACCUUACAGCUGUGAUCAAUGUGGGGCAGCUUUCACACAACCGAGUUCAUUAAUAAAACAUCAACGCAUUCACACUAAAGAGAAGCCGUACAGCUGUGAUCAAUGUGGGGCAGCUUUCAUAUUACAGAGUUACCUAAAAACACAUCAACGCAUUCACACUGGAGAGAAGCCGUACAGCUGUGAUCAGUGUGGGAAAACUUUUUUUAGUGGCAGUCACCUUAAAUCUCACCAGCGCAUUCACACUGGAGACAAGCCGUUCUGGUGUGAACAAUGUGGGAAAACCUUUUCUCAUUGUAGUGCCCUUAAAAGACACCAGCUCAUUCACACUGGAGAGAAGCCAUACUGGUGUGAACAAUGUGGGGAAAGGUUUUAUCGGAGUAGUCACCUUAAAAGACACCAGCGCAUUCACACUGGAGAGAAACCGUACAGCUGUGAACAAUGUGGGGAAACAUUUUCUCAUAGUGGUGGCCUUAAAUCUCACCAGCGCAUUCACACUGGAGACAAACCGUACUGGUGUGAACGAUGUGGAAAAAUGUUUUCUCAGAGUAGUAACCUGAAAAAACACCAGCGCGUUCACUCUGCCUCGGUGUGAACAUGUUUCAGAGCCAAGCUGUUUCCUCCUCUCCUCCUCAUGCCCUGAUAGCUGUGUUGUUAUAUUCUGAUCUUCUCUCCACAUUGAAGGCUGACCAGCAGUAACUUUAUCUUCUGAGCAGCAUGAUGUUAUCCUGGCUACAACUACGUAUUACGCUCCCUCCCUUUGAAGGGUUAACUCCACUCAAAAUGAGCUUUUAUUCCUAUAAUAAAACAUUCUGAGGUCAGGGUUCAACUGCUAGCGCUGUUUCACUAAUGCUGCAACGGAGGAGUAUUUGUUCUUA